UGGUCCAAUAACCUUUCACUGGCCAAUCAGCUGUCUCUCCAACAUGACUUGCAGUUUCUCUUGACUGUACGCAUGAGCAUCGUCUCAAUCAUGGAACCUCACAGCGUUCUUGGCAUGUUUAUGAUUUUCACUGAUGGUUGUGAUUGUUCUUGGCAUGUUUUUGAUGUCCACUGAUGGCUGUUGUUGAGGUCUGGUCCUUGUCAAUGGCCGAAACAUCACGAACUCUGUACCCAGCAGCAGUGAGUGGAAAAGUAUUAAUACAGCUCAAAGUCCCUCUCAUUGAACAGCAUCAGCGAUCAACAGUUCCUCAGUUUACUUCACUUUCAGCCUAUUCUUUUCACUUCUUCAGCCGCUUACGAUUGACUCGUAACCGCUUUCAGUCUUUAUUACAAACAAUUUUUAGUUCUAUUUUAGACAUCUCCCCACAAUCAACAUGUUCUCCAAGCUCUUCAUCCUUGCUCUCGCAGCAUCCCCAUUGGUCGCCGCCCAUGGCAAGAUCGCAGUCAUGACUGGUGAUGCCGGUGGAAACACCACUGGUCUCGGUAUCCAGGGAGGUGUCAUCCCAGGUGCUGGAACCAACAAGCAAACCGAAGUCGACACCACCGUCUUCCAGAGCAAGAACGCCAUGACCGACGGUCUCGGAAAGACCAAGGCUGGCCCCAACACCCUCGCCGGCAUGUCCGCAGUCAUGGCACAAUCCGGAACCACCCUCGCUCAAGUCAGCAACGGUGGAUCCAUCUCCGGCACAAUGCACAUUGUCACCACCGACGGUGCCGGCCCAUACACCGCUGUCCUCGACACCACCGGCACUGGAGCAUUCUCCACCGGUACCAAGCUCGCCGUCACCCAACAAGUCCCAGGCAAGAACGGUAACAUCGCCGCUCCCAAGCAACGCCGAUUCAUCCCCCGCAUGCUCGUCAGCAUGGGUAUCAUGAAGCGUGCCUCCAACGUCAACGAGGACUACCCAUUCGCUGCUACCGUCCCAGCUGGCACCUCCUGCACCGGUACCGUCGGUGGCCAGAGUGGUGUCUGCCUCGUCAAGAUCGUCAACCCAUCAGGUGCCGGACCUUUCGGUGGUGUCAUGGCCCUGCAAAUGGCUGGUGGCGCUUCUACCUCCGCCGCCAACACCACUGCUGAGAAGCGUGAGCUUGUCGGUGCUAAGUUCCGUGCAUAAAUCAGUCGUCACUGCUCCGGUGGGGGCGUGUGAGUUGAUUGAAAGAUCGGUCGAGGGGGAAUGGGAAUGUAGAGAUGGGAGGAGGUGGUGGAGUUUCCUUU